CGCACGCGAAAUUUUCUCAUCAACGGUACGCUCCGCUCCGUACCGUACCGUACCGUAAGGUUCCGCUCCCCACACCGAACAGCCGUAACCCGAACGAACCGCCCCGCUUGUAUCGCACGCUCGUGACCCGCCCCAAAAAGUGAUAUCAUAAAAGCAAUAUCUCUCUGGAGAUCACCCUCUCCCUUUUCCUGGGCUCCCCGCCCCCGCAAAAAAGGGAGUGUGCUGUUCAAUUGUUUUUGUUUUUGUGUUCAAGUGUGUGCGAGUGUGUGCGAGUGUGUGUGUGUGCAAUAGAUCAAUGAUAUCGAUACAGAUACAGAUUCCCGAACAGCGGGAGAAUCGUUGAAGCGUUUGCUCCCAUUUCCCGACCCACAUAUCGAUUGCACAAUAAAAAUACAAAUAAUAGCAACAACAAUCGAUUGCUUUGCUUGCGAGGAGCAAAGGGAUACGCAGAGGAAGAAGAAGCGGAAAGAGUGCCAGAACCGAAUUUACCGCAAUGCGUGUUCUCAAUACAGAGCUUCGUUUGCGCUUCAAAAACCGCAGGCCGAGACCCUUCAAUCGGGCAGCGAGUGCCGAUGAUGCCGUUAUGAUGGAUAUAUCCAACCCCAACACCCCCACCUCCCCCACCGAUCAGAGUAUCCAUGGAGGAGGAGGAGGAGGGGGAACCAUUAGUAUGAACGGCAGCAUUAGCUCUCCGAACACGCCGGGCGGAGGUGCCAUCGGUGGUGGGUGCAGCAGCAGCAGCAACAACAGCAUCAACAGCGGCAGCUACGCGAGUGCCUCCUCAGUUCCUGUCGCAUGCACACCGCCGCCGCCGACGCACCAGAACCAGAACCAGCACCAGCACCAGUACCAGGGCGGAGGGAGGGCCGGAGGCGGAGUGCCACCGGCACCGCCGAGCGCCGUUCACGGCAAUCCGAGCGGAUCUUCGGGGCAUAAGAACAGCCUCAAGGGAACGAAGCUGGCACGACGGGCACGCUCCUUUAAAGACGACCUGAUCGAAAAGAUAUCCCUGAUGCGGACCACCAACAACACGCUGGGUCGCUCCCACUCGCCGCACAGUCCGCGUACGAAGCAUGGCGCCGGUGUCAAGCCGCCGCCUUCGAACGAGGAGGUGCAGCGCUCCACACAGACCCUGGAGACGCACGUCAAGGAUAUAUCGAAUGCCCUCAAGCACUUUCGGGACGUUAUUCUGAAGAAGAAGCUCGAGGUGCUGCCCGGCAAUGGCACGGUCAUCCUGGAGACCAUUGCCAGCAUGUAUUCCGUUAUCCAAACGUAUACCCCACUGAAUGAGAACAGUGCCAUCAUGAGCUCGGCCACGCAGCAGGUCUACCAAUCCCUGGGGAAACUCAUCAAACUCUGCGACGAGGUAAUGCUCUCCGACGAGAGCGGCGAGUGCCCCUCCCUAAGCAACGAUAAUGUGCGCGAGGUUAUCGAUCUACUCGAGGACGCAGUGAGGAAUCUCGUAACCCUGGCCCAGGGUAAACUAAAGGAGCAGGAUCAGUGCGCCUUUCGCUACAGCGGCGCCUCCGGCCUGGGCGGCAUUGGGGCCGCAGCCGAGAUUAUGGGUGCGGUCACAGCAUCCAGCACGAAUGCAGGCAGCGGCGGCAUACUACCGGUUGGUGGUGUGCCCGGCACCGGGAUCACGGGCGUGGCCAGCAUGCGGAUCUCCGCUGUCGAUAACGCGGCCGUUGGCCAGCGCACCUCCCUGCCAGACAUUGCCCUGUCGCCGAAGGAGCGGGCUAUCCUGGAGCAUCGGAAUGUGAACCCCAUGCGGGGAUCGCACAGCACCGAGAGCAUACUGCGCGACACGAGUCCGCCGCCAAAGCCGCCGCUACCGAAUCGGGCAAGCAAUCCCCCACCGCUGCCACCCAAGCGACGCAGUCAGCCGCAGGCGCCUCCCGGUGGCUCCUCCUCAUCGACGUCCACCUCUAACCAGGCCAGUCCGCUGCCCUAUGCACAGUCGCACAACAUCAGCCUCAACUCGGACCUGGACUGCAGCUCCAACAUCUCGCUGCUGAACUACGGUGUGGAUCGAUUAUCGGUGCGUUCCCGUUCUCCGGAUGAGAAUAGCCAGUGCUCCUUUGACUCGGCUCUGAAUCACUCGCGCGAGGAGGAGGAUCCGCAGCAACAGCAACAGCAACUGAAGCAGACAGUGAAGCUGAUGGAGGAGGAUGCGGACAAGAUGAUUAGCUACAACGCCGCCGGGUCCGCAAGCGCUGCGGCACAGGAAAUGGUCAUGGCCCAGGCACCAUCCAAUGCGCAGACACUGCUCCCAGGAACAGGAGUCCCAGGCCCAGGCCCAGGCGCAAGUGGAGCAGGUGCUGGUGCAGGAGGUGGAGGGGAAACUAACACGGAGCUGCGCACUGCGACGGCAGUCCUCACCAACAAUCGUCAUUCGAACGAAUCGGGUUUCGUGUCGAUGAAGUCGUUCCGCACAUCCACGCAGAGCGUCUCCAAGCGCUCCUCGGACUACAGCGUGCAAUCGUCGGCCAAAUCGUCGAGUAGCAAUUCAGAGAUAGCGAUCAGUAUCAGCGAGUCAGCGUCGGCGACAGCGAGUGCGGCCAGCAGCGAGUACCAGCAGAUCAGCCAGUCGGUCAGCCACAGCAGUCAGCGGUCGCAGCAUCAGCAGCUUAUCUCCAGCAGCUGCAGCAGCAGCAUGACCACCACCACCAUGAGCAGCUACAGCAGCGGCGAUCAACAGGAGCAGGCGGCCACAACGGAGGCUGCAGCACCCGCCCUGCCGCCCAAGUUGACAACACCGGUAGCGACGGUGACGGCGACGGCGACAACAACGCACCAGCGCACGUUGACGCAUCACGAAUCGAGUACCCUCGACGAGCUGGACUGGAGCCAGGGCGCAGCCAGCAGCAGCAGCAGCAGUGCCGCAGAGGUGGCAGAGCUGAGGCAACUGUCGCCGCACCAUCACCACCAGCAACAGCUGCACCAGUGGUAUUCGAAGCACCAUAGCCUGAUCGAGGCGCCGCGCAGUGCCCCCCACCAUUUGGCAGGCAGUUGCAGCGCCUUCGAUCAGAGGCAUCUCGAGGAGCCGCCGCCGUUGCCCAUAAAGAGGAAGAACAUGUUUCAAAGUGUGGCAUUCUCGGUUCUGGCCUACAUGGAGGUCUGCUCGGCCCCGACCCGCAUCGAGCAGCACCGACACACGAUGCAUGCGUGCAACAUCAGCCGGAAUAUCUCCCAUAGCCAGACAAUGAACAUUAUGCCGAUGAGCAAGGAGCUGUCGCCCGAGCUGGAGACACCACCAGCCCUGCCGCCAAAGAACUACAAGCAGCGCAAGCCGACGCCCUCUUUGCAGCCGAUAAUUGUCACAACACCGCCGCCCAGUCCAAAGCCGACUCUGGGCGAGAAUGGGUCGAGCGGAGGAUGCGGUGGUGGCGGCAGCGGGCGACCAGACAGUCGUAUGGCCACUGUCUGUGAAGAGCAUAACGAUUCCCUGGUCCUCGACAACAAUGAGAAUGUGAAUGUCAGUUCUGGCGACGGCGAUGGAGAUGGCGAAGGCGAGGGUCAGACCUUCUAUUGCCACUCGCAUCAGCUGCCGGAUGAGCCGGUGGCAGCGCAAACAUUAGCGGACACUGAUCAGCAGCAGCAGCAGCCCAUAAGCACACCUAAGCUGAUCGAUGAAGACCAAGAGUCGAGAGUCGCCCCAGAGUACGAGGCUGAGAAGCAGCAGGAACAGCAGCAGCAGCAGGACGCUGGCGAGGUGGAGACGCUGAUCAAUAUGCUGGAGGAGGUCAAUAUAACGCGCUAUCUAAUACUCAAAAAGAAGGAGGAGGACGGGCCAGAGGUCAAGGGCGGCUACAUUGACGCGCUCAUUGUGCACGCGAGCCGUGUCCAGAAGGUCGCCGACAAUGGUAGGCAUCCACAUCCACAGCAAGCCAAGCGGAAGCAUGUCAAGCACCCUCGUAACCAUCGAACUCCCCCCCACUCAUCUUGUGUCUGUCAUUCUGUCUCUGUCCAUUCCACACGUGCAGCAUUCAGCGAGGCGUUCAUCACCACCUUCCGCACCUUCAUCCAGCCAAUCGAUGUGAUCGAGAAGCUCACCCAUCGCUACACAUACUUCUUCUGCCAGGUGCAGGAUAACAAGCAGAAGGCCGCCAAGGAGACCUUCUCGCUGCUGGUGCGGGUGGUCAAUGAUUUAACAUCUACGGACCUCACCAGCCAACUGCUUAGUCUGCUGGUUGAGUUUGUCUACCAGCUGGUCUGCUCCGGACAGCUAUAUCUGGCCAAGUUGCUGCGCAACAAGUUCGUGGAGAAGGUGACGCUCUACAAGGAGCCCAAGGUAUAUGGCUUUGUCGGCGAACUGGAGCUGGGCGGAACGAUUACCAGCAGCGGAGCCGCUGGCGGCGGCGGUGGUGGUGGUGUUGGCGGUCUGUCCGGGAAUAGCAGCAGCAGCAUGAGCAGCGGCAGCAGCAAUCAACCCAGUUUGCUGGACCUCAAGUCUCUGGACAUUGCCGAACAGAUGACGCUGCUGGAUGCGGAGCUGUUCCAGAAGAUCGAGAUACCCGAAGUAUUACUAUUUGCCAAAGAUCAGUGCGAGGAGAAGUCGCCCAAUCUCAACAAGUUCACCGAGCACUUUAACAAGAUGUCCUACUGGGCACGCUCCAAGAUCCUGCGACUGCACGACGCCAAGGAGCGGGAGAAGCAUGUAAACAAGUUCAUUAAAAUCAUGAAGCAUCUGCGUAAGAUGAACAACUAUAAUUCGUAUCUGGCGCUGCUCUCGGCCCUCGAUUCGGGACCCAUUCGAAGGUUGGAGUGGCAGAAGAGCAUCACCGAGGAGGUGCGCUCCUUUUGUGCCCUCAUCGAUUCCAGUUCCAGUUUUCGGGCCUACCGCCAGGCCCUGGCCGAAACCAAUCCGCCCUGCAUACCCUAUAUCGGUCUGGUCCUGCAGGAUCUGACGUUUGUGCAUGUGGGCAACCAGGACUAUCUGUCCAAGGGCGUCAUCAACUUCUCCAAACGCUGGCAGCAAUACAACAUCAUUGUGAACAUGAAGCGUUUCAAGAAGUGUGCUUAUCCGUUUCGACGCAACGAACGGGUCAUACGGUUCUUUGAAAACUUCAAGGACUUUAUGGGCGAGGAGGAGAUGUGGCAGAUAUCGGAGAAGAUCAAGCCACGCGGACGUCGGCCCCAAAACUACUAAAAAAAAAAGAAAACAAAACAACAGGAAAGAUGCAAGAGAAUGCAGCAACUACAAAACACCAACUAUAUAUAUACGGAAUAUAUAUGUUAUAUUAUAUAAAAAACAAAAUAUACAAAUACAAAAUAAUGCAAUGGCCGUGGAGAAGCAGCAACAACAGGAGAUCGGAGAUCAGGCUGAGGAUGCGUAUGCGGAUGUGGAUGUGUAGGAGAAUGUGGACCUGGAGCAGAAGAAAAAGCAAAGGAAUCAGCUGAAACUAUUAUGGAUGGGUCUGAGCAAUAAUAACGUUCGCUAUUCGCUGUCUAUAUAUACAAUACAUAUAUAUAUAUAUAUAUACAAUAUAUAUAUAUAUAUACAUAUGAUGAUUACACAUGUAAUCUAUAUACAUAUAUAUAAAGUAACCAGAUCAGAUCAGUUAAAUAUACAUGUUAACUAUAUUAUAUAUACAAAAUAGCGGAUACAGAUAGACAACUAAAUAUCCAGAAUAUCGAUAUCUGUAGCUGAAUUAUAUGAAGCUCUAUGAAGAAACUCCCCACCAAUCUUACAUCUUAAAUGAAUCACCACCAACCAAGCAACCAAUCAACCACUCAACCACUCCACCACUCCCCCCUUCUCCCAUGAGUUGCACCGAAGGAAAACACCAAAGCGAUCCAUCAAUCAGCCAAAAACCGCAAACAUCAAACAGACGAAACAGAUCGGGCUUUCAUUAUUCUUUUGAGAUAUAUCUGUUUACAUAAGAGCAGCACACAACGAAUUUUUUGGAAACCAAGAGAACGCGAUUAUAUAUAGACUAUGACUACGAUUACGAAACGAUGCAAUCCACAAGCAACAAAACACCAAGAAAACAAGCAACAAAGAACAAAGCCAACUCAAGCAGAUUUAUGCAGUACACUAUACAUAUGUAUGAAUAUCGUAUGCAUUUAUAUAUAUAUAUAUAUAUAUGUAUAAAGUAUAUGCACUUAUCUGUAUCGGCACAGUCUGUGCAAAGCCAACCCAGGAAAGCGCAAAACUCUUCCAUUUUUAGAUGUGGUGUGUUGGAGCGGAACGAGUAUCAAACUAAAAGCUAAAAAAGGGAUAUACAUUUUGGGCUGGGGAAACGGAAACCCGCCCAGAGAGACAGACAGAGAUAUAUAUAUAUAUAUACAUAUAUACAUAUAUGGAGUUAUUAAUCAAAUCAAUCAAAAAUUCAUUUCGCAACUCAAUUAACGAAACAACUUUUAAAGUUAUCAAAAAAUGAAAAUGAAACAAAAACGGAUUCCAAAAGUUUAAAUGUAUGACUUUAAAACAAAACAAAACAUAUAUAUGUAUACUUAUAUAAAAAUCUAUAUGCAUGCAUAAAGAGAGAGAUGGAGAGAGAGAGAGAGAGAGAAACCAACAGAGAAACAGAACAAGAGAGCAAGAGAGAGUGAGGAAUGGAUUGCGUUAAAAAAAAAAAGAGUUAAAACCUGUAGCUCCAUAUUAAGUGUAAAUUAAAGAUAAUCUAAGCAACCUUAAUGUGCACUUACGCAGACACACGCGUAUCUUAUCCCAAUCCGUUCUAUCUAUCCGAAAGAUCCAUGGAUAGGGGGGAUUUAUGUACACGUCCUAUAUGAAUGGGAAUGGGAAUGAGGGAUCUAUCCUCUCAUGCAUUCGUUUCUCCUUCUGGCGCGAUCCUAUUUCUGUUUUAUUGUGUACAUAUAUAAUACAGUGCAAACCGUUUAUUGGCUACCACUGUACCACUGUACGUUUCUUAGUCAACACACACACACACCCACACACAUACACAUACACGUAACCAAUACGCAUUCUCCCCCUCACAUUCACAAAUAUGUACAAAAAAAAUUUAAUGAAAUUGACUUUGAAUUCUUCAUUAAUUUAUUAAGUUUCUGUUUGUUAAUGAUUGUGUAUAAGGAUGAUCGAUUGUAUCGGACGUAUAUACUCUAUAGCAGUAUAUACAUACAUAAAAUAUAUAAACACAUAUACUUUCCCAUAUACAUAAACACAUACAAACACAACAUACACACAUACUACAGAACAACAGCACAUAGGAAACAAGACUGUCUUUUAGGGUAUACUUACAUAUACAGUAGUUGUAUUUCAUUUAUCUAAUCGAGCUCUGCAUAUGUACUGCUCGAAGAAAUUGUUAUAACCGGAUAACAUGAACAUGAACACACACACACAGACGGACAGAAACAGAAACAGACACGACACGAACACAAACCGAAACCGAUACCAAUACCGGAAACCGGAAACCGAGAACCGAUCCACCUGAAUGUACUAGAUGGAGCUAGUGUGCGGAUAACAGCGGAUAUGGUAACGUAACGGUACGAAAAUGAUGAUAUGAAAUUAUUUGGUAUAUAUAUAAUUAUAUUAAUAUAUAUACAUACAUAUAAACACAUACCAUACAUAUAUAUAUAUUUAUAUAUACACAUAUGUGUAUAUGUAUAUCUGAUAUUUCUGAUUUAGUCAUUGCUUUGUAUGUGCCUAUUAUCGAUUUUUGAUGUAUGUAUAUUGUAUUUUCAACAUCAGUUUUAAAGCUUAACAUUUACAUUUACACUUUUACGAUAUAUUUAUGUACUACGAGUAUGUAAUCUAUGUAACAGCGAGCCCUAAUCCGCCAGCUGCAAAAAGGAUAUUAUUAAAAGAAAACCAUAAUUUAUAUAUGAUUAAUAAGCUAAUGAACCUAAGGAUAACAAGUUUCUCUUAAUUAUUUUUUUUUUCUCUUUUUUUUGUUCCUUGAAUUAAUUCAUUUGUACAUGUAUAUAUUUAUGUUAUAUUUAACUGACUAGUUCAUAUGAUGCCGGAUCACGUGUAAUUGUACUUUCGUUUUCGUUUCCCCCAAAAAGUAGAGAAAAUUUUCAAUUGUAAAUGUAUUUAACUAAAAUGUUAUGCGUGUAUUCGUAAGAAUAAUGAAAAUAGCUACACAAUCAAUGUAUUUUUCCUUUAAA